AAACUCCUCGACCAGUACGACUCCCCCCUGCUGGGCUCUGUUUGGAAACGACAGAGGCGGGGACGGAGAGUCGUAACACCGGGACGAGGAGCCCCUCGGGAAUGUGAAAGUCCAGGCCUUAAAUCCCCGCGAUAAGACUUUACGUACUGCCCCGUUUCUCAUGGAAACAGAUGGAUUUGUGAGGAAGCGUCGGAUGACAGCGGAGACCGCAGGCGGUGAUGCCGGGGUUGCAGGAGCCUCAGCUGGGGCAGAAGUUCGAUGGCUCGGGGGCAGAUUCUGGGGAGUUUCAGAAAGUAUUGUGAGCAGCCUGACGCCGCGUAUCGGGGGGGAGUCGCAGCUGCAAAAUGCGGACGUUGUCUGCGCGGCUCAGGAUGCACAAGCAGAGGACUCGGAACCUGACUAUGAAGGUCUGCCACAAGGAGCAUCUACUAGUACCCACAUGUUGGCAGGCGCCGUGGCUGGGAUAAUGGAGCACUGCCUCAUGUUCCCCAUCGACUGUGUGAAGACAAGAAUGCAGAGUCUCCAGCCUGACCCCGCAGCACGCUACAAGAAUGUGAUGGAUGCUCUUCGCCGGAUCGUAGCCACCGAGGGUGUCUGGCGUCCACUAAGAGGCCUGAAUGCGACAGCCAUUGGCGCUGGGCCUGCUCACGCUCUGUAUUUUGCCAGCUAUGAGAAACUCAAAAAGACUCUAAGUGAUACCAUUCAUCCAGGCGCUAACAGUCAUUUGGCUAAUGGAGCAGCUGGUUGCGUUGCCACAUUGCUUCACGAUGCAGCCAUGAACCCAGUAGAAGUUGUGAAGCAGCGCAUGCAGAUGUUUAAGUCCCCCUACCGGGGCGUGCUGGACUGUGUUGGCGCCGUGUGGCAAAGAGAGGGUCCUGCUGCCUUUUACCGAAGCUACACCACCCAGCUCACCAUGAACGUGCCCUUCCAGGUGCUCCACUUCAUGACCUACGAGUACCUCCAGGAGCUGCUCAACCCUCACAGACUGUACAACCCCUCGUCCCACAUGGUGUCCGGGGCUCUGGCCGGGGCGAUCGCAGCAGCAGCCACCACGCCUCUGGACGUCUGCAAGACCCUGCUCAACACCCAGGAGUCUCACACCCUCAGCUCCGCCGGCCAAAGCCAGGGAGCCCACAGACAUGUCUCAGGUCUGGUCCACGCCUUCAGGACGGUUUACAGGCUGGGCGGCCUGCAGGGCUUCUUCAAGGGAGUACAAGCGAGGGUCAUCUACCAGAUGCCCUCCACAGCCAUUAGCUGGUCUGUUUAUGAGUUCUUCAAAUACGGACUUACCAAGCGCCAGCACAACAAUAUGAGAAUCCAACAUAUCAAGGCUGAGGUGUAGAUUUCCUAUGGGUUUAAUCGCCUCUCCUAUACAUCAGGCCUUGCUGUGGCCACAUGCGCACAUAUAACCAGAUGAAAUACGCCUCAGUCGUCCUGAUCUUCUCAGACAGAGCAGAUAAGAAAGACACCUUCUGAACCAUUUUAAGUAAUUUUACAUCUGUUCAUCAUUUCAGCCAUAGGAUACAACUUUUACACAGUAUUUUCAAGUGUCAUUAAUUUUAAGUCAUCCCUUUGAAGCAGAGUUUGGCAGUCAGCAGUGGGCAAUCAAAACCCUCUGUCAAGGGUUUACUUUAUGAAACUUUGUUUUUGCAUCAGAGUUUUAAUAUAACCAGAUAAAGCUUUUCAGAUAACAUAAGUCUACAUUACAUGUUUGGAAUUUAAUGUAAAAUAAAACAACCCCUACUAGAAAAAUUGGUUUAAAUUGUUAUGUUGCAUAAACAUACAUAUAUAUGUCGUAUAGCUAUAUUCAGAUGCUUUUCAGGGGGCUUUUUCAACACAAUCUGUCAAAUUGGUAAUUUGCAGAGAAGAUUCAUGAUGAAACAUAUUGAAUAAAACCCCAAGAAGCUACAGUUUUAACGACAUGGGUCAAAAUAUUUAACUUGUUGAUCAUAAAAUAAAUAAUUUAUUAUUUAUGUCGGUAAAAAAUAGACCCAGUGCAGGACUCGGCAGACAAAUACUCUAAAAAAAUUCCUCAUUUGUUUAUUUAUAAUUAUUUCGUUCAGAGGUUUCUUCAAUCAAAUGUAUUUUGUCAUUUUUGUCCCUGCUUUUGAAAUAAUUUGUCUGUUUUCAGCUUUUUUGAACUACUGAGGUUGAAUGUUUGUGCACGUCAUUUUUUGUUCUUACUGCGACCAAAAGAGGAGCCGAAUUCAUAACAUUUCACACACCCAACCUGAAGCUGUCAUUCUUACUUGCUGAUGUCUGUUUCUGACACUGAAUUGCACUUGUUCAAUAAAAGUUCAGCAGAGGGGCUCUGCUCACUGUUUGUAAAAGAGAAAA